AAUUCCAUAGCUUCCCAUCUCAUUUCAUUUCCAUACUUUUGCCACUAAUUACUAAUACUUCUUUCAUUUCAAGCUAUGGGUUCUAAUUAUGGUUAUUGCUUUGUUUGUUUCAUUAUAUUGUUGCCUGUAAUAAGUUACUCCCAAGACUUCACAUACUCUAGGGCAACUUAUUAUGGUAGCCCUGAUUGCUUAGGGACACCAACUGGAGCUUGUGGGUUUGGAGAAUAUGGAAGGACAGUCAAUAAUGCAAAUGUGGCUGGAGUUUCUAGGUUGUACAGAAAUGGCACUGGCUGUGGUGGUUGCUAUCAGGUUAGGUGUAAGGCUCCAAAUAUUUGCACUGAUGAUGGAGUGAACGUAGUGGUGACUGACUAUGGUGAAGGAGACAGAACCGACUUCAUUCUUAGCACUCGUGCCUAUGCAAGACUGGCUCAACCAAACAUGGUCUUAGAGCUCUUUGCAUACGGCGUCGUUGAUGUUGAAUAUCGGAGAGUCCCUUGCCGAUAUUCCGGUUACAACGUCAUGUUCAAAGUUCAUGAGAAUAGCAGAUUUCCUGAGUACUUGGCCAUUGUUAUUCUCUAUCAAGGUGGCCUCAACGACAUCUUAGCAGUUCAAAUAUGGCAGGAAGACUGCAAGGAAUGGACAGGUAUGAGAAAGGCUUAUGGAGGAGUUUGGGACAUGCCUAAUCCACCAAAGGGUUACAUUAGUUUGAGAUUCCAAGUGAGUGGGAGUGAAGGGCUAAAAUGGGUUCAGGCUUCAAAUGUUCUUCCAAGUGAAUGGAAAGUUGGAGUUGCUUAUGAUUCAGCCAUUCAACUUAAUUAAGGAUUUUAAUUAAUUAAUUAAAAGUGAGAGUGGAGCUUCAGCUACUCUUUUAAUUGUCUAAAUUAGUUUGUAUGUCUUUUCUAAAUGUAAGCCAAUAAGGUUAAUUUGUCAUGUCAUGUUCAAUCAAAUAGGUUUCUGUUUUCCAAUAGAAUUUAUAUGUUUAGGUAUUGUAUUAUUUUAGGUUGAGGAAAAAUAAAAUGGAUAAAAUAAUAUAGUGUGUAAUUUACUUGCGAGAAA